CCUGUGCGGUUUCACUUCUCGCAGUUCCUCUUUUUUUGGGUCUUGUAGACAGUUAAUGAGUGAGAAACGUGUGGGUUCUGUAUUCAAAAGAGGUGUUUCUUCUGGGCGAAAGCUUCAAGAUUCCAGAAGACCACGUUAUGUAUUACCAGAAUAUACCCGGGAGGUUCCCGGCAAAGAAUUGUUUGAGACUCAAGACAUUCGGUCCGAAGAAGGUUCCAAAGAAUUGCGUGGUACUUGGGAAGAUUUGCGAAAGCUCCUGAUUCGAAUCGAUGGUCAAAGAUAUCCAGCAUACAAGGAUCUCUAUGGAGGUUGGAGACACCCUUCAUUCUUCCUAGCAGUGGAGAACAUUCAGAGCGAUCCGUUUGCACCUCCUUCAAGAUUCAGGGUACUUAUUCCUCGUAAUAUUGCAGGAUUUCCUGAGCAAACCUAUAAUUCCAAACCACGAGAAGUCGCUUUAAGAGAUUUUAUAACACGGAAGUUUUGGGCUAGUUGUCAUGGUCUUCACUUAGAUAAAGCUGCUCCAAACAGAGGUUGGGGUGGUUCAAAGGGAGCAAAUUUGAACAUAGACAAGCCGAAGCAGCAUAUUUUGGAACGUUCUUCUUGUGUUUUCACUGAUAAAUUUGUCGAAUUGCGCUUUACAGUAGCAUUACCCGCAAGAGGACGUACAAUUGAGGGUAAUCGUGCGAAGGAAAUCCUCAUCGACGGUUUGCCGCAAGUCGUGACGUCAUCUUGUCUAAUGGAAAAUUUGGAUUAUGAUGAGUUGAUGGAUCAUAUCAAAGUAGCGGAAGACCAAGAAUUUUUACGAAGCAAUUUAAAGUCUAUGAAGUUAAUUGCAUUUGUUGCAGAUGGUGCAGUUUUGCCGAGGAAAAGUGGAGCUAGCGAUGAGCCAUUGAUAGGCAGUGGUGUUGUACAUUUUGAAAGUCCUGAAAGUAUGCGAGUUUCGUUUCGUCUUCCUAAUCAUGGUGUGAUUACUGGCAUGGGCAUUCCAGAAGGUGUUACACUGAUUGUUGGUGGUGGCUUUCACGGAAAGUCAACCUUACUCCAAGCACUUGAAGUCGGUAUAUAUAAUCAUAUUAGAGGUGAUGGUAGAGAAUUUGUUUGCGUAGAUCCUAAUACUACCAAAAUUCGGGCUGAGGAUGGACGUGCAGUGACAUGCGUAGAUAUCUCGAGUUUCAUUAAGAAUCUUCCGUUUGGAAAGGAUACGCAAUCUUUCUCCACAGAGGAUGCUUCGGGAAGCACUUCACAAGCAGCGAACAUUAUGGAAGCUGUAGAAGCUGGUGCAACUACACUUUUGGUUGACGAAGAUACAUGUGCUACUAAUUUCAUGAUUCGUGACAGACGUAUGCAGGUGUUAGUUAGUAAGGAUAAAGAGCCGAUCACGCCUUUCAUAUCUAGAGUUCGUGAUAUGUAUGAAAAAUUUGGAAUAUCAACAAUUUUAGUGAUAGGCGGUUCUGGUGACUAUUUUGAUGUUUGCGAUACAGUUAUUCUUAUGGAUUCAUAUCGGCCGUAUGAUGUCACAAAACGCGCGAAAGAGAUUGUGACUGAAUUGCCUUCUAUGGCUAUAGAAGCGGAACGCAAGGAUUCAGACACGUUUAUGCUGCCUUGUAUGAGGGCUCCAAUACCAGCUUCAUUAGAAGGUGCUAGACGUGGCGGCAGAAGACGCAUACGUGCUACUGACUUGUAUACAAUUGAAUUCGGUUCGGGGGAAAUAGAACUUGAUGCAGUCGAACAACUUGUAGACCCAAGUCAGACGCGAGCAGUCGCUGAUACACUGGAUAUGCUGUUGGAUGCUGGAUUAAUCGACGGAAAGCGCGUUAUUAGAGAGUUAUUAGACUCUAUUGAAGUGCUGAUUGAUCAAAAAGGACUAGAUUGUAUCGCACCGGGUAGGGCUAUUUUCGGCAACUAUGCGAGACCUCGUCGUUUGGAGUUAGCUGCUGCUUUGAACCGUCUUCGAGGUUUACAAGUAACUCAGAAACGUGACUUUUCUAGAAGUUCAAGUUAAUAGCAAUAAAAAGCUUUUAUCUAAAGUGUCCCGAUAAAUAGUACUCUUGAAUA